AUGACGGAUACGGAGGCUGCUGCUGCUGCUACUGCUGAGAAUGAGGGCGCACUCACUGAGCUAGAGCGCGAACUCACGCUUAUUGCUUGGGGCAUUCUUAUUGGCUUUGGCUACUUGACCGGAUGGAAAGCAUACAGACAAACGUCAACAAUAUCUCGAGAGAAGAGGUAUAGAUCACCUUAUUUCUGGUGGGUUUGGAUGGACUAUGUUUCGAUAAUGGUGUUUGGGGUACUCGCUUGGAUCCUUAACCAGAAACAUAUUAGACCUCAACUUUCGCUCUAUAUUCCGCUUGUUGCCUUAUGGGCUAUUCAGGCACAAGCGUUGUUACAGAUAAACAUCAAUCGAAUCGAACUUAUAGCUGUUGACAAAGCUUUCAACAAUAGAGUGCGGAUAGGGUGCUUAGCUAUAGUUUCUGUCUUCAUAGUAGGGACAUUUAGUGUCUGGAUUCCAGGCCGACUUGGGACCUCAGCGAAGAUCACACAGAUUUCGAAGGUUUAUAUCGAGGUUCAAGGAACUCUAACAAUUCUACUCGACAUCGCUCUAAAUACAUACUUCAUUCGAGCCGUAAAGGCAACACUUAUCGAUCCCGGGCUCGACAAGUAUAAGCCUAUAGUCAGCCAUAACCUCAUGCUUGUAUAUACCGCGAUAAUAGUUGAAGUCGUCGCGCUGGGCCUAAUGUGGCUCCCUGCGAGUCCCUUUGUCUGGCUCCAAUACGGCACACUCGCCUGGAUGGGCAAGCUCAACGUUGAGCUUAGCAUGGCGGACCUCAUCAUGAAACUUGCAUACCACACGCCUGAACCAUCGUCGCUAGAAUUGCGGCCAAUCUCUCGCGCCGGGUCCGAGCAGAUAUCAAAUAUGUCAUUUGUGGAUUCACUUGCUCCGAUUAUUACUACUACAACGCUUGUCCCGGAAACUAACGCUCCUCACGGUAUUGUAGCAGGACCUAGUACCGCCGACGCGCAAUCAACCAAAUACCAAUGGGUCGUGACGAAGACGACGGAGAUUGUUGUCGAAAUUGAGGAGAUUGAUAGUGACAUAGAGCUACAAAUGGAGCAUGAUAAAGAGGAGCGCAGGUGGGAGAGGGUGGGGUAUCAUGGGCGGAUAUCGUACAGAGUCGAAAUUAGCGCUGGCAAGUAA